ACCCACGCAAUACAAGGGGAAGUAACUCGCGCUUGACGAGGCACUACAAGCAGGAAACCCACGAUGUCUUCCUCUGUCUGUGAGAGGCUUCUCCCGAAUGGAUUCGACAGUUUUGGAAGAAAGAAAGUCAAGGUAUUUACCACAUCACACACCGGGGUCUAUCAGCCUGUCGUGUGUCCAGACCCAACGAAGGGGAUCGCCAGAAAACAGAACCAGCGGCCAUCAACAUGCCUUUGUGUCGUUGUCCUUUUGGUAUCAGUGGCUAUCAACGUUGCUUUAGUGAGUUGGUACAUGUACAUAAGACUGAACGGGAAUACGAACGCCGAGGUUCAGUUUGAUGCUGAUAUGUCUAACUCUAUAUGCGUGAGGUGCGAUUCUCUUCACCUCCCGGAACCGGACAAUUCGCCGUUAAUAUCAAAGGUCAAGGUCAUAGAUCUGGGUCAGAAAUCCUCGUUGUGUUGCUUGCAGCAUUCCGAACAUCUACAAACUCUACUCAACCUUGUUGUAGGGGAGUACUAUCACUACAGCCAGAGUGCCACGGGGACAGAAGCUUUCAGUCUCAGACCCAACAAUUCUGCCCAUCUUUACCUCGACGUACACAGAAAUAAAGCAAAUCAUCGCUUGACGUGGGUUGUGGACACAGGCUUCGGAACGGCGCACACGACUGGUGGCGUGAGAUAUUCAAACGGUACACUGCGGGUACACCAAGAUGGCGUCUACUUCCUGUACUCUCACGUGACCAUCUCCCCUGACAACAUCACAGAUGGCCUUGACAUUGUUCACUGUGUACAAAGGUAUAAUCCCCACUUGCCGCAGACUGGGAACCAGCUCCUUCUCAUCAGUAAGAUGUCGCUCAACAACCACGAGAGGAGAACGAGUUUCUUAGCAGCAAAUCUCAAAUUGCGACGACACGACGAAAUAUUCGUGGAAUUCUCGGAUCCAUCGCUCGUGUACAACUUCUCACCAGCCAGCUAUUUCGGGCUGCAUCGUCUGUAGAUAUUUCUUCCAUAUACCAAUAACAAAUUGGAACAAUGAUGUGUUCCUGUAUGAGGGUUAGACGAUAAUAUUGCCAAGGUACACCAAUUAGGGUAAAUGAGAAAUAAUUAACAUUGUAUGUCGUGUAAGAAAUUAUUUGUUGAUAUGGAAUCAUUAUAAACUGUAACUUAAACAAAUUAACUUAGGCGUAACUGGCAAAAUAGCGGAACAUAUCUCUAUCAGUGUUAUUCAUAAAAUGUCAGAAAAUAAACUGUUGAUGGUA